AUGCUAAAACCCUAUAUAAACAUUGUAUUUUCUGCAGUAUGCACCAUGUUGAGAUGCAGCGAAAUCGUCCUGGACAUAAAUCGUGCAGUAUUGCAAUAUGGUCUUUUCUUUUCAGAUAUAUCUGUCGUAAACAGUAGCGCUCGUGCUUCUACUCAUCAUUUUUGCAACGAGGCGGACCCAAGCGUAUGGAAUGGUGUUCCAUCUUGUCCACUUACUAAAGAUAGGUUUUUAUCUCAGUUUUCUUCUUCCUCCUCUUCAGGAUCUUGGGAUAUCCUCCUGGACUCAGACGGUCUGGACAUGGCGCUGCUUCAGCGUCGUGACCCGAUUCUAUUUUACGCGGAUACCACAUUGUAUGAAGAUGAGCUAGGUGACAAUGGGAUAUCAAUGCUGAAUGUGAAGUUCCGUGCCAUGCAUUCCGGGUUUUUCUUGCUACAACGAUUCUUCCUUCGUGUGGACGGUGGCCUGGUUCGUUGUUUCGAUACUCGGUUGCAAUGGAGGACAGAGGACAAAAUGGGACGUCAAAUUCAUUUCUCGGAAGAGAUCAGGGAACAAAUUGAUUGCGGUUGGUAA